GUAUAAGGAUAAAACACUCUCAGCUUAGUCCUCGCAAAAGGUCAUUCGCUAAAUAUCCACCCCGCAUGAUGGCAGCCAGCAAGGCUAUUCCGCGGGAACGACUCUUGGCUCUGCAGCACGCUUACGAUACGCUCUGCAUAUACCUCGGCUUCCACGACGAUGAAAAGCACUUCUUGCGGCAGAUCCUAGAUGGGGACUUCAUCAGCCCCUUUUUCGCAGAAUAUCAACGCGACUACCUCGAAGCCGAAGUAGAGAUCGAGGAUGUAGAUUGCGAUGAGCUAUUCAGAUGGUGCAGGUCAAAGAACGCGUUCGCGUUGCCUAAGUAUGUAAGCUCUAAGACGCCGAGUAAGGGAAAUUGGACGGCGCUCGAUCACGCGGCUCGGUUUCUCGUCCGCGCUCUUCGGUUCAGUUGGGAGAACGAUGGUGAGUGGACACAUGGGAAAUUCGAUCCUGAUAACGACCAGGAUUUGGAGAGCGAUAGAGAGUUUCAUCAGGUCUGGGCCAUCCUGCGGUAUCUUCAGAUAGAAUGGGAAGCCGCUAAUAUCGACGAGUGGGGAGGGGACAGCAUAAGUGAGACUCUCGCGGACAUGUUAUCCAGUCGAUUAUAACUCGGAGAUGAGGUUAAAGCCGGGCAGAUUCGUUUUUUUAUGUAGCACCAGGUAUAAUGUAGGCUAAGGCGCAUGGGGGUUGGGGGUUGGGGGUCGGUGGCGAUUCGAAGCGGGUAGUAUGACCAAAGCCAAUAUUUCUCCCGAUAGGCUCUACAUUACCAACUCUUAUUAUAUUCAUUUAUAUUUAGUAAAUAUUAUUUAUAAAGGCUACGAG